AUGAAGUUCUUCAACCUUCUCGCUACUGCCUUCACCGUCGCUUCGGUCUCCGCCUUGACCGUGCCUGACGUCGGAGGCACCGUUGCCGCCACCAUUGACGAUGUCCGGGGUGAGGUCAACGACCUCCAGGAGGUGGUCGACUCUGGCCUCGCCAACAUUGCAUCCGUGCUCCAGGGCGGCGAGCUUGAUACUGCCGCUGUUGCCCAGAUCGUGGCCGAAGUCGAGGGCCUCGUUGCCGACGUACAAAGUGCAGUUCCUGGGCUUCUGAACAGCAUCCAAGACGUCACCGGCACCCUGGCCGAGGGCGACCUCGAGGGUCUCGUUGAGCUCACCACUGUCGUGCAGGACAUCGUGGACAAGGUUGAGGACACGGUCACAGGCCUCGGUGAGGCUCUUGGCGUUGAGGGCCUUGAGACUCUCCUUGGCCCCCUCAACUCUCUUCUUCACGCUCUCGACGAUGUCAUCGACCAGGUUGUUGACCUCGUCCUCGGUCUGGUCGCCGGCCUCGCCAACAGCAACCCCCUCGUUGGUAAGCUCCUCGGCCUUGUCAGCGGUCUUGCUGGAACCCUCGCCGGCCUCCUCGAUCCCGUCACCGACGUCCUUAACAACCUUCUCGGCGGUCUUCUUGGUGGCGAUCUUACCGGCGGUCUCACUGGUGGCCUUACCGGUGGCCUUACCGGCGGCCUUACUGGCGGCCUUACUGGUGGCAGCAAGGCUUAA